AAAAACAAAAUGGUUAGUUGAUUUUCUUGCUGUAUAAAUUACAACUAGUACAUAUGUAGGAUGAUCAAUCAACACUGAGAAGAAAGAAUGGGGAGUAGAAAGCUCAAUUGUCCUUACUGCCACGGCCAGUUUAUGGGCACACCGGGAUCAACAACAUAUCGCUGCCGCAGUUGUGGACAAUUGAUUUUAGUUGCAGCAACGUCUGAGGGCGACGCUGUCCCACCGGGAACUCUCCGCCUGAACCGGGAAAUAUGGAAAUGGAGCAAAGGUAGCCCAUCUGCUUCCACGCUGCCAAAGCCUGAAGAGAAGCCAGUUCCGGGGCCUAAAACCGGCCAGCAUCAUCACACUAAGCGGGCCGUUCUUUGUGGAGUCACUUACCCAAAGCGGAAUAAUAAGCUCAAGGGAACAAUCAAUGAUGUGAACAGGAUGAAAUCUCUUCUCGUUGACUGUUUCCAAUUUCCAGAAGCUGCCAUACGUGUUCUUACAGAAGGGAAUGACCCAAAUUUUGUUCCAACAAAAUGCAACAUACAGAGGUCCUUGGAAUGGCUUGUGGAUGGCUGCAAGGCAGGGGACUCGUUGGUGUUUUUCUUCUCGGGCCAUGGUUUGCGACAAGUUGAUCUUAGCGGAGACGAGCGUGAUGGGUACGAUGAAACUAUCGCCCCUUCCGAUUUUGUGACUGCUGGCUUGAUUGUUGACGAUGAUAUCAACGACACCAUUGUCAAGCCACUCAAGAAAGGCGUCACGCUUCAUGCUAUUGUUGAUGCCUCUCACAGUGGAACUAUUCUUGAUCUAGAGCAUGUUUACAACCACAGAGAUAAAAAGUGGAUAGAUAACAAAGCUCUAUCAGGGGCUAAGAAAGGUACAGAUGGUGGAUUAGCCAUCUCUUUGAGUGCCUGUGCUGAUGAUCAAAUGGCUACUGAUACCAACGCACUUUCCGGGAAUGAGAUGUCGGGAGCCAUGACUUACAUGCUGGACCAGGCAAUUAGGGGAAAGCCGAGAAUAACUUAUGGUGAACUGCUCAGAGAGAUGCAAAGACAGACUCACCAUGCUAAUAGAACAAGAUCAUGGCUGAGGAAGUUGUUCGGCAAUAAGAUACUGCAGGACUGCCAACUAUCGUCUUCCCAAGUGUUUAACGUUGAUGAGAAGACAAUCCAGUUGUAAGGGCAUGCUGCAUCAGAAAGAAGUCUCGAUUCUCACCCAGAUUAUCUCCCAAUGUCAUUUUGAUCGGAAAGGUAAAUAUGUAUAAAUAUGAACAAACUGUAUAAGAAUGCACUGGCGUACCCAGACAAAAUAAGGCAUGGAGUCAAUUACAUAUGACCCAAAGCUAGAGAUUUAAAAUGAACCAAAACAUAGGGAUACAUGGUAAACAUUACUUUAUAUACA